GCGGUUGAUUAUUUAAAUUAGCGAAAUGAGUGACAGACCGCACAGAACGCGAAACACGAAACCAAAAAUACACACUCAUGGCUCUCAAAUUGAAUAGAUUCGUGGUGAUGAUGACCGAAAAAAAUUAAAGAACACCCAACAAGAAAACAAACACAUUUAUGUGCGAGGCAGAGCAGAGCAGAGCAGCGAACAAAGCGUUGAUGAACCAAAGUACCAAAAAGCAAACGCAGCGGACAACAAAUGGGCGAGCUACUGCUCUGCUUUGUGUGAAUAGCGAACAUAACGCUGCAUAACGCAGUUGAGAGCAGGUGUGACAAGAGCGGAGCAGAGCAGAGCAGAGCGGAGCGGAGCGGAGAGGCCAACAAAACAAAUUCCAUAUUUUCGGAAAAUGUAUUCAGUGCAGGGGCGACAUUCGCAGCGGCAACGAAAGCGACAGCCACACACACACACGCAAGCGUAAAGAGAGAAAGUAGCGAAUUACAAGAAGCAAGAAAAAAAAAAAGAAAUUAAAGCGAAAAGUGUAAAGUGCAAAGUGCAACCGCCCAAGCAAACGACGCGCGCCAAGACACAGGCACAGCAAAGAAAAAAAACCAGAAAAGAAAAACUAUUAAAGAAAAUCGUGUCAAGCUAGCUCAAGUUGCCACAGCGCACAGCAGGAGGCGGUGGCAAGGUUGCAGCAACAUUGCAACGGAAAUGGCCAAAUUAGUGACUUACAUCUUUAUCGUUAGCUCGCUGAUACUUUGGUAUCUGCUGCUGUUUGGUGGCACGCGUGGCAUGCUGCGCGGCGUGCAGGCCACCAAUGGCCAUGGCAGCCAGCUGGAGGGGCGUGACUUUCAUCAUCAUGGCGGCAGCCAUCACAUACGCCGUAACAUCAAUCACUGCUGGCGCCGCUACGAUGGCUACAAUCUGCAGAAUACCAUUGUCAAUAAGAAGGAGGAGCUCAAGAAGCCGUAUGGCAUACUCUGCAACUUCAAGUGCACUUGGAUCUUUACCAUUAAUUUUCCCACAUGCGAGUUCAUCUAUGACUACAAGUUAUCCUGCGUGCUGUUCACCUCACUGCCCGAUUGUACGAAUGUCAAGUGCACGCUGCUCAACUUCUUUAGCUAGUUCGAUUAAUAUCGUUCUAUUGCCUAGCAAAUUGAUCGUGAGCUAGCCAGCUAGCCAGCUAGCUGCUGUUAUCGUUCAUAUGCGAUAACUUUUGUUCACAACUAAACUAAACUGUUAUAGUUAUCGCCCGCAUUUUUGUCAA